AAGCAAUAAGAAAUUUGUCCCAAAUAAAACAUAAAUUUCAAACACAUACACCCCAAAUAGGUAAGCUUCUAACCUAAUGCCUCGUAGUUGGUAGCCUAAGCUCCUAACCAACAAGUUAAAUUGGUUGCAUAUCGGGGUAUGAUCAUUUGUGUAAUAGGCUAAAGUUUAUGAUUCACAUUCUAAAUCCAGUGUAUGUACUAGACUGAGUUAGAGGUAGAUGAUGAUGGCAAAUAAGUUAGAAAAUGAUGUUAGCAAUUUCUCUUGUCUAACACAUGUUCAAAUACCAAAAACAUAAGAGUUUAUUAAAUACAUUUAGUUCAUUUCAAAGCUGGUGAAGUCAUACAGUUUAGUUUCCAUUUCCUGUCAACAUGUCUCACUUUCAAUUCAAUAAGUUGAUUGGAAAGUUUUCAGCUUUGAUGUCAAUUAGUUCAUAUGGCUAUAAUAAGUUAUUUUAGUAUAUUUUAUUAGGCCUUCUUAGAACCAACUACUUUUAAGUUCACUCUCUUUAUCCUCUCUCAUUUCCUCUACCUACCAUGCUCAUGCUUUUUCAUCCAUGAACUUUCUUUAUUUUAGAAAGAAAUGCAGCUUAGCUGCAAAUGGUUCAUUAUUUAAUUCUUGCAAAAGGAAUUGGCAUCUUUGAUUGACCUCUUACAAAUAGUUCUAUUCAAAUCUUCUAACACCAUACAAAACUAUUCGGAGCUUCUCUUCUUCCAUGGAAACUGCUCUCUUGAGUGAAGAAAAUGUCAGAAAAGAAGAGCCAGUUACACUGGUUUCUCCUAGAAAUCCAACACCUACAGAGAUAUUGUAUCUCUCAAACAUAGAUCAGACAGUAGCAUUUAAUGUGGAAACUGUCUUCUUCUAUGAGGUCCCUGAAGGUGCUCAAGCAGAUUCAUCUUCUAUAAUGGAGCUGGUGAAGCAAGCAGUAUCUGACGUGCUUCUGAUCCCUUACUACUUCAUGGCUGGGAGGCUCAGGUUCAACUUUGAUGAAGGAAGGUUGGAACUGGUUUGCAACAAUAAAGGUGUUUUAUUUGUUGGAGCAAUUUCAAACCUUGAAUUGAAGGAACUCGGUAACCUCUCAUUUCCAAAUCCUUCGUUUCAGCAUCUCAUUCUUCCAACGGAGGGAUUUCAUGAUCUUGCCGAUACUCCCAUAUUCAGCAUUCAGGUGAUUUGCCUUCUUUUUUUUAAAACUUCAUCAUCAUCAUUAGGUGUAUCCCAAGUAUUGAAAAAAAGUGCAACAAAAGCAGAAACGAAGUGCUCAGAUGGUUUUAUUAUUUCUCAGGUUACCAGAUUCAGAUGUGGAGGUUUUUCCGUUGGAUUUGUGGUAAACCACAGUAUACUUGAUGGCAGAUCAGCAGCAGAGAUGUUUUUGAGUCUGGCUUCAAUAUGCAGAGGUGAAGGCCUGCAGACUCAUGAGCUCAACACUGAUAGAUCAUCCAUCAGGGCAAGAAGCCCUCCCCAGAUUAAAUUUAAGCACACAGAGUACACAAAGUUAGCGGAGGCUUCCUCCACCUCUUUCACCUCUCCUAUUCUUUCAUCACAGGCAAUUCGAGAUCCCCCAAGGAUCUCAAAUUUCAGGCUCUUCUCAUUCAGUCCUGAGAUGAUCAAUCACCUCAAGAACAAAUCUGAACUGAAAUGCUCGAGCUUCGAAGCAGUAGUGGCUCACUUAUGGAGAACAAGAACAAAAGCGGUCUUCGAUGACCAGAGGAAGAUGUCUUCUGUGUUAUUUGCAGUUGACAUAAGAUCGAAGUUGUCUCCACCAUUGCCGCAUGGGUUCAUCGGAAAUGCAGUGAUCACUGCAUCUGCAAGUGCGGAGGUAGAAGAAAUGGAAAAGAAGAGCUUCUCCUUCUGCGUGGGGUUGGUGAGGGAGGCCAUUGACAGGGUAAAUGAUGAGUAUGUGAGGUCUGUUAUAGACUGGCUUGAAGUGUUCAAGGGUUUACCUUGUGCUCUGAAUGGGAAUUUCUUUGUUUCUGCUUGGUGGAAGCUUCCAUUUCAUGAGCUGGAUUUUGGAUAUGGGAAGCCCAUCUAUGGAGGGCCGGUGGUGAGUGGGAUGGAGGAGUUUGUUCUGCUGGUUUCUGAUGAAAGUGGAAUGGGGAAGGAGAAGGAAUGUGGAAUUAAUGUGUGGAUAGCUUUGCAUCCAGAGAAGAUGGAGAAGUUUCAGUCUUAUAUUUUUGAGAUAUAAACAUAGUA